AUGGAUUUCGAUGAGUACGACUACCUGGAGAAGGCCGUGGAGUCCCCCGAGGACGGCGGGGAGGAGGAAGGGAAGAGCUCGCGGCGCGACCGGGAGAGGGAAGACGAGGAUGGCGGCGACGGGAGAGACGGGAAGAAGUCGGCCGGCAGAUCUAAGGGCGAGGUGCAGAACGGGAAGGGGAAGGAUCGGGAUGGCGCGGAGCGGUCGUCUCGGUCAGAGCGGCGGGAGAGGGAUCACCAUCGGGAAGCCAGGCGCGGCGAGAGGGAGCAGGAGAGGGAGAGGAUGGGUGCUCACCAUGGCCGCCGAGACAGGGAACACAGGGAGAGAGAAGGUGAGAAAGAUAGAGGAAGGGAGAAGGAGCGGGAGAGUGAGACAGAUGGAGGAAGAGAGAGAGAGAGAGAGUGGUCGAGGCGGAGUUCAAGUAGGUCAGGACGGCACGAGAGGGAGGAGGCCGCGAGGAAGAGAGAGAAGUUUGAGAGAGAGAAGGCUGAGAGAGAGAGGGAAAGAGGGAGAAGCAAGGAGAGGGCUGCAAGAGAAAAAGAAAUUGAGAGAGGACCAAAGGAGAAGGAAAAUAGGUAUUGUUCGUUUACUUCAAGUCUUGAGUUAUAAUUUAUACGUGAUAAAGAUGCCAAAAUGAGAAGUUUUUGGGCUUAUACAACUGCUUUCAUCUCAUUUCUAAGCGUCUACCAGAGAAAACUCUGCCUACACUCUAAGAGUGGUUGCAGAGCUGCCACAUGGCUCAAAUAGUCUGUAAAUAAAGGAUCUUGUGUGAGAUGCUGCAUUUAGUUGAGUUAUUGAAUGACGAGAGAAGCUCAUAUAGGGUUUGUGAGCAGUGUCAUCAAGAAAUUCUUCUGCAUAGACAACCAGUAACUGUGUAUUGGGCAUUAAUAAACUCAAUUCUGGAGGCUAAAUUUCUUUUAGCUUCUCAUUAUUUUUCUCAUCUUUUCCGCAAAGCCCUGAUUUUUUUUGUUUUCUAAUUUAUUCUUGGACAAUACUGACAUAAAUACAGUUGAUAAAGGGGUUGGCAGUUGAUUUCUCAAAAGUUUAUGCCAUUGUUAGCCUCUGAAAUUUGACGAGACAUGGUUGUUAUUUUUCGCAUAAGAAGUCUGCUGUGUAUGCAACCCUGAGAAAAGUGGUGGCAUGUUUUACUUGUGUCUAAUUUUGGCACUUGUUGACAUGAAUCAUAUAUUUUCCUUAUUUUAUUCUUCCCUUUCCAGCAUUAUGUCUCUUCUAGCGAUGUGUAUAUGAGCUUCAAACUAUUCUUCAGGGUCUUCCCGAAGUCAUUUGGAAUAUUUGAAGGUUACUCCUUCAUAUGAGCUUAACUGCCCCCUGGUGUCAGUGGACAUCUCAUGUAAGCCUGUCUUGGUCUCAUACUUGGCAUGAUUCAUGAAGAUCGGGGUCUGGUGGACAGCUAGUGGUAAAAUAUUGCCUACUUUUUCUAUUCCUAAGGAUGUACUGUGCUUUGUUCCCUAACUAUAUUCAAGGCAGACGCUUCUUAAGUUUUCUUCAUGCUGGUCAAAGUCUAGAGAAGUCUACACUUCAUUUUUUUUUUGCUCCGUUGGUUUUUCUAUUUGACUUUGUAUUGCGUGGUGGGUAACCAAAUUGGUGGAAUCUCUACCCAACCACCCCAAUAACUGAGAUAAUAAUGGAAACUUUGAGAGAGCCUCUAACACAGGUUUAUCCACACAGGAGAGUUAGGGAGAAAAAGGAAGUUGUGGAGGCUGAAGUUGAUCCAGAAAGGGAUCUACGGACUGUGUUUGCUUAUCAGGUAGUGAACCUUAUGUGGUAUCUACUUAUGUCUGUACAAAGACUGUUUAAUCUCUGUUUUUUAUUUCACAUCUGAGAAUUUAAUAUUUCUGUUUUUACAAAUGUGCCACAUUUUAACAUGGCAGAUGCCUUUGAGGGCGACUGAGCGAGACGUUUACGAGUUCUUCUCUAAAGCAGGCAAGGUUGGUUAUGUUGUCGAUUCUUCCUCUUUAGGUAGUCUGUCAUUCCACUUUAGGUAGUUCUGCAUAUACUCAUAUUCUGUAUCAUGCAAUCACAGGUAUGGUACUCUGUGUUGCUGUCCUGCACCAUACCUCCAUUGAUGACUUCUAUUAUCUAGAACUUUGAACUUCUGCUCUCUACCACAGAGAAACUAUCGUUAUUCUUCUAUAAGGCAACUUUCAGAAUACUAUUGAUGCAUAUCAUUGAGCUAUAUUUGCUUCUUAUUGCAGUCAAUGCUCUCCUGCCUUCAAUGAGGGGUAUUAUAAUGACUUUUUUGUGGCUCAACAUGCUUUUUAUUUGGUGAGUGUGAGCAUGCAUGAAUUGAAUAGUGAUAAAAUUAAGCAGCCUCCAUGGGUGGUAUAAUAUGUUAUAACACUAGUUGAUAACCCUUUUCAUCUAACCCUUUGCAUAAGCAUAUAUGCUGAUAAGCUGUUAGCCAUAUUUUCAGGUGAGAGAUGUGCGCCUGAUUAUGGAUCGCAAUUCAAGGCGAUCUAAAGGAGUUGGGUAUGUGUUUGGAUCCUUUAGUUUGUCACUUGGAACAAUGAGCGCUGGCUGCUAUGAUGGAAAUUUACCAUUUAAAUAUAGAACACUGAAAUUGGCUGCCGUCUCAUGAAAAAUUCCCGAACUGUUCUGAAAUUUCUCUGGAUUUCUCUAUUUUCUUCUGCCUGUUCCCAUUUCUCUUUGUCGCUCUAUUCACACAUUUCUUAUCUUGUUUCCUUUGAAGCUAGUAAUGUCUUCAUCAAUUUAUCAAAUCAUUUUUUCUUUCCUGUUAAUCAUCACUGGUCAGAUAUCCUUUACUUUUAUUGUUGAUCUCUCUCUCUCUCUCUCUCUCUCUCUCUCUCUCUCUUUCUCUCUCCUUCUCAUAAAAUAGUAGAAGAUUAAUGUUAGGUUGUUUUGGCCUCGAAAAAUUUGGAAAAUUCCAGUAACAUUUAAUAUAGGAAUGAAACAACAGGAAUACUUCUAAUUCAUGGAAAAGCCUUUGCAUUGAUGUGGAAUACACUCCCUAUCCUAGAUAUGUUGGGUAAUCUGUGUAACUAAUGUGAUUUAUCGCUUCGAGGUCACCUCUCCCUGUGGGUGUGUAUCUUUUCUUAUCGGUUCUUGAGCUUCCUAUCAUGGCUCUUUAUUUUUACUGAUUUCUUGAUAUGUUUUUUUCUAAUGCAUGUCUUGUUGGUACAGUUAUGUUGAGUUUUAUGAUGUUCUGUCAGUACCAAAUGCUAUAGCUCUAUCUGGUCAAUUGCUUUUUGGUCAACCUGUAAUGGUCAAGCCUUCUGAGGCAGAGAAGAAUCUUGCUCAGUCAAAUGUUUCUGCUGGAUCAGCACUUUCGAGAAAGUUGUAUGUCGGUAAUUUACACUUUAACAUGAGUGAGGAGCUACUCCGUCAGGUGAUUUAACUGAAAACUUGCUUUGUUUUAUAUUGAACAAAAGUUUGAUUGAUACAUAAAUAUUCGUAACUAUAGUAUAUAUUUACAUAUGUGUUUAUGAUGCAUGAAUGUGAGGCAUGUCGGAUUUCCCAGAAGACACUGUAUGCAUGGGAUUUUUACUCCUAGCAGAUAAAAGUUUAGAUGAAGCAUUCAUUUUUUUUCGUCCUAUGGAUCUAAAUUUUAGUUUCCUUGCUUUAAAUGAUUUGAAAUCCUCUCCCCCAUCGUUCUGGUCCAUGUACUUCCUUUUCUUUUGUCAACCUGCGCGUCUGCAUUUGAGGAAAGAUUUUAAAAUAAUGAAGAGAUUUUACUGGAAUUUGGUAUAAUAAAAAGCUUGAAAAUAUGUAUGAUGAUAUUUUAGUAUUUGUCAAUUUAACUGAAGCAUCCCCUUAAGAAGACAUAAGUUUUUAAUGCUACUUCCAAUGCGUUUUUAGGAUCGUGGUCAAUAAAAGCAUUGCAAUGGUAUUAUGACAUUCACCAUGAAUUUGGAUGAAAUCAACCAUCCUAUUCUAAAUGACCUAUUGAUUUUAGCUUAGUCUCAACAGAAAGCUUGUGGAUAAGCUGGGCAGUAGCAGGGGACAGUCAGAUAGUGCUUUUGGAGAUAUGACAGGAUUAGGAAAGUUUAAGCCUUUUUUAGAAACUUUUGAAUCACUCUUUGCAGGCAUUGCCGUGUUAGAUUUAAGCAAUCUGGCAUAACAAGGGAGAUACGAAGAUACAGUUCUUCAUCUAGAAACCUUGUUUUGUCAAUCCGUAUUAUCCAACAUUGAUUGUUAAGUGGAGAACGUAUAAAUUGGAUAAUUGUGUUUUAUGCAUAAGAAAAAUAUUUUUCAAAAUAAGUUUGUUGAACCUUUACAAAUUGUCGAAAGAAUCAUGCCCUAAAUCGUUGAUUCACACUGUCCAACACACGGUUCUUGCAUCCAUUGCUUUAAUUAAGUGAAAUUCUUCUGUAGACAUAGUACAGAAAUCAACAUCUAGGAUCUAAAACUAAUGUAUAGAAAUCAACAUUCCAGUUCUUCUGUCAGUGCCAACUUAAAUUCGAGAGGCUAGAAUUGUCAUCUUUGAAAUGUCAUGGUGUACAUUGGAAUAUGUUUACAAUCCCGUAGAGCAUUUGAAAUUGUGCUUUUUCGCUGAAAAAAUAUGCCUUAUUGCCGUCAUCUGGAAGCUUAUGUUGAUGGAAACAAUUGAAACCGAAAGCAAACAUUCGGGGUUGGAGCUUCCAUAUUAUGGUGUUUGCAGUCGAAUUUUUUUUUGAAGUGGAUUUAUUGGUUAACAUUGAAAGUUUAGAAUAACAAUAGAGUAUGACCAAGAAAGCCAAUGGCAUCCAGAAUAAAUUGGAGGAAUAUGAAAGAGCUUCUCAAGGAGAGCUAAAUUAACCAAUAAUUGAAAGCUUAUAUGAUUUUCUUUAAGGAAAGGAAAUGCAGCAUUAUUUCAUUCUGUCAUUCACAAAGAUGCUAACCAGAAUCAAAACGUUGAUAGAUGGGGAAGCAGACUGUAAGGACGAGGGGAAUGGCGUCAGAAUUUAUGUAAUAUGGUUUUACCAUCAUCUCUUCAAGGAAUGUCAACGACACCUAUUGUUCGAAUAUGACGGUUUGAGAAAGCAGUAAAGUUUUGAUAAAAAUACCAUUCAGAUAAUGUGAAAUCUGAGGUAUUUAUUGUGGAAGGUCACUCUUCACCUUUGCAGAAUUACUUCUAUUUGAACAUCAAUAGUUUUAGAGCAAUCUAAAAUAAGCAUCAUAUCCAUUGUUGUGGAAUACAGAUAAGAAGCCUUUCUUCGGAAAGCACUUAACUCUAUAUUUAUGUUUGCCUGGUAUGUGGUUGAUGUUUAUGCUUCAAAAUGGGUGCUUUGUCGAUGAAAAAGGUGAUAAAAAUAGAUUGUAAUGGGUCUUGGGGGAAAAUCGUAGAUGAUAAGCAAGCAGCUAUCAUUGGAUUAAAGGGUGCGCCUCACAAUGAGUUUUUCCUUGACAAUAAGACAUGAGAGAUCAUGCUGAGGAUUCGAAAGUGGGGGGGUCCUCUGUCCCAGUUGGUCUCUGUCAUCACUAGAAGCAUUUAUUUUAAAUAUGGUGCAUGGCUCAUCUGAGUAAUAAUGAAAUAGGAUAGAUUGAAGUUCACAGUUGAAGAUGAGUUUAACCAAAGUUUGAGUUUGAGGGAACAGGAUUUUACCUAGGAUGGAGUGCCACUAUUAAGGAUGUGAGUCAGCCGGCUGACUGGUUGAAAAACAAACCAGCAUCUGGAGGCUGGUUGAUCCUAUUUAAAGCAGUGCCAACGAAUUUACUUUGACAUUUGUAACUGUUUAUAAAGACUUCCGUUGAAGCUCUGAUAAGUCCUUUCUUCUGACCUGAGGAUAUAUCAGGAUUUCAAAUGGUUGUCGUCAUAUGUGGACAAUGUGUUGCUGGAAACGUGAUAGAGGAGAGCUCCCCCUGUUCAAUAGCUAUUUUGAAGGAGCCCCUUGUUGUAAACUGUUUCCAGAGGCUCUGGAGAUAGAGCGGAUAAUCAUCUGUCGGAUUUUCAAUUGUCCAAAUAACAAAAUACAUCCAAGUUGUGGAAGGAAAAUCUAGAGUAUCGUGCUCCAGAGCUUUUGAAUGUUGUGAAAAUACCAAGUUAUCAUGAGAUAAAAGUGAACUAGGUGUCAAAAAAAAAUUCAUGUGUCUACCUGUUAGGCCAGGCUUGUGAAAUGCCAUUCCCUAGUUUUGAUUCUCGUAUCAGGGAAUCCUUAUAACCACUUUCAUCGUGGUGCAUUUUAAGAUAUUUCUCCGCCUUAUUUCUUUUGUGAAGUCUAUUCUUGUUUUACCUGAUAUCUGCCACUGCUCAGUUCAUUCUUAGACAUUCAAAGAAAUCUUUGUUACUGACAUUAAUGGAAACAUGUAUCCUCUGUAGGUUUUUGAGCCCUUUGGCCCUGUGGAGCUUGUGCAACUCCCUCUAGAUUUGGAGACUGGCCAGUGCAAAGGUUUUGGGUUUGUACAAGUGAGUGCCGAUUGCAGUGGAUUCGAAGUUGUUUUUGGGGAUAUGGUGCUAAUGGUCUUCCUUCAUUUUACAGUUUGCUCAGCUAGAACACGCGAAAGCAGCUCAGAGUUUGAAUGGGAAGUUGGAAAUCGCAGGCCGCGUCAUUAAAGUGGGGGAUUCACCCUUUGACCCCCAAACCCCACCUUUAUUUAUUGUUAUCCCCUCAGUGUGUCGUUGUUGGCUAAUGUUUUCUUGCUGCUGAUUGUAUACAGGUUUCAGCUGUAACGGAUCACGUGGGAGUGCAAGACGCUGGAGCAAAUGCUGCUGACUUCGAUGAUGACGAUGGAGGUGGUCUGGUGCGUCUUAGCACACUGGUUCUUACUGUUGAUUUAUGUUGUAGUUGACGAGGUUUAUUAAUUAUUUUCUUCUAGGAUUCUGCUAUCUAAUGUCCUAUUUAUUUUUCUGGUGUAGUUACCAUCCCUGACAUAUAUUUAACAACGUAGAGGGUAAAACUAUGGGAAUCUUGUGGAUUAAUAUCUUAGAGGAUGGACCAUAUAUUUUUUCAAUUUUUUUAUGGUCACAUAAUUCUGCUAUAUAAAAUUUCAUCGAGAGAAAUGGGGUCAUAAUAAAUGGAAUUUCCUUCCGGUUUUCCAAAAUUUUAAGACAACGUUUGUGGGUUCAUCUUCCUCCACAACGUUGAGGAUAAAUCACUGUUAGAACAUGCUCCCUUAAGUUGCUGCAAUUUUUUUCUUAUUAAAAUUGUCUGGAUAAUCAAAUUAUCUUACACUCGAGUUGGGGCAACUCUAAUUAGUGCGUCGUCGAUCUGUUCUUGUGUUGCUCCCAAGGUAUAUAAGACAUUCGGGUUUGCUUAUAUAGGGAUCCUCCUCACUAUCCUAAUUAUAGUAACCGUAGUAGCAUUACCUAUAAUGACUUUCUGCUGCUCAUCAACUGCUGCUGAUGCUAAUUUUGUCCACUGACGCAGACACUGAAUGCUCAAGCGAGGGCAAUGCUGAUGCAAAAGCUGGACCGCACUGGGACUGUUUCUAGGUGCAAUCCUGGCCGUUGACCUUGGUUAUCUCGGAGAUUAUGUGAGCCUGUAGGCUGAUCCGUAGGUACAUCUCUCAGUAUUGCAGGGUCUCUUGGCGUGCCUGUGCCAAAUGGGCUGGCUCACAACCAGCAGACGUUUGGCCUCUCCAUGAACGGGCAGUCUGUAAUCCCAUCAGCACUCCCGACGUUGACCACCUCGUCUCCGGUUGAACCCAUCGGGGAUCCGAGCGAAUGCAUACUGUUGAAGAACAUGUUCGACCCCAGCACUGAGGUUCGUGCCUUUGUUUCCUUUUCUGGACCGUUUGAUGGUUUCACUUUAUCUUGUCCACUCUUUGGAUACCAUGGGAAACCCAAGGAACAUCCUCCUGUUGCAGACUGAUCCAGAAUUCGAUUUGGACCUCAAGGAGGAGGUGCAGAAAGAAUGCUCCAAAUUUGGCCCGGUGAAGCACAUCUUCGUGGACAAGUAAUCAAUCCGCGCUUUUAACUCCCGUCCACUAAUUUUCUGCCUCAUUUGAAAAUAUUAUCAUCUUGAUAUCUCCCAUUAGUGAUAUGAUGUGAAGAAUGAUCUCAUUCGAGUAUGUGGGUGAGUUGACUUUUGGAAACUCGUCCAGAGUGAUGGGCUGAAAUGGUUCGACUGGAUUUCAGUCAAACGAAGUCGCCUGUUGGAUCGAUUGACAUCUCUCAGUAGAUUCUUACUUCUAAUAGAAAUCCGGCGUUCUUUUCCGUGUCCGGAGAGCAUGCGAAAUGGGAUAACAUAUAAACAUCUACGCAUCUAUCUGUUGUUGCAGGUACAGCCAAGGGCACGUGUAUCUCCAGUUCAGCUCCGUGGCUGCAGCGAUGGGCUGCCAGAAGGCGAUGCACAUGCGGUGGUUUGCCUGUAGGGCGCUCUCGGCCACAUUUAUGGUACGAGUCUUACCUCAUCUAUGGUAUCGAGCAUAUUAUUCAUCAAUAAGCAGUCUUACAUUAUUAUUCUUAGUAUUCUUAUUAUUCUUAUUAUUCUUAUUAUUCUUCUUAUUAUUAUUAUUAUUAUUAUUAUUAUGGCAUUAUAAGUUCUUAUUGCUCUUAACCAGUAGAAUUUGUGCAUAGAAGAAGACGGAGGAUCUCAGUAACAUUAAAAAUGUAAAACUCUGUGAUUUGUUGACCUCAUGAAGCUUUUCACCCGGCAAAAACAUGAACUGGGAUGGGUCAUGAAAAAUGUUUCCUUUUUAGGUCUUCCGUUUAUUUUUCUUGCAGUGAAUGAAAGCGUGAACCCUUUUUUUCUGAAGCUAUUCAUGAACAUCACCGGGACUCAGGCUGGGGAAAUUUGUGGAUCACAGCUUCUUUAUUUCCCUCCGGAAUAUUAACUAUAAUUGGGGGGGUUCUCACCCCUCCUCGUUCUCUCUCUCUCUCUCUCUCUCAUGACGCUCGGAUAUAUCUUCUCAUGAGUCUGAUUUCUCUCCUCCUAUCAGCGGCCCAGUGAGUAUGAAGCGAAGUUCAAAGCUUAG